AUGAGGGAUGAGAAUUGCAUAAAUGAAGACGGAUUAGUGCUCACAGACAGUUGUUUUUGGAUGUCUUGGAAAAUUUGUGAAGAACUCGUCAAUAUUCCGAUAUUCAAAGAGGAAAUUGAUCAGGAAUUGUGUUGUUAUGGUGAUUUCAUGAGGCCAAUGGGAAGUAAUCCAAAUAUCGCAUAUAUUGAAACAUCAAAUUCAAGACUAUCAGAAUAUCGAAAAUGUCUUGCUGAUUUGUUUUCUCAAGUGAAAAUCGAGAUUGUCAAUUUGGGACCUAAUUCAUUCUAUCAUUUCGGAACCUAUUCCGAGUUUUUAGACCACAUUUCUCCAAAUUCGACUUUCCGUCAACGUUUUCCCUAUUCUGAUGAAAAUGGCAAAGUUGUUGUGGAAUUUUCGACGUUGAAUCGCGCUCAGAACAUUCAAAACUCUGUUGUCAGCGGUAUUUUGAUAAACUCGAAUACGAUUUUACCGAAUAAUUGUGUUAUUUUUACAUUGGCUUUACCAAAUAAGAAAUUUGUUACAAUAAUGAUGGGAAUUCGCGACGAUGUGAAAAUGAUACAAGAUCAGGUCAAAUUGAAUGGCCAUGAUACAGGAAUACGGAACAGUUCUCUGUGGGCAGCAAAACUGUUCACAGCAAAUUUUUGGAAAUAUGGAUUAAUGGAUGAAUUGGUGAGUGGAGUGUACAAAACCCAUAAUUAA